UGUAGGUGGUGACAUUUGGUCCUCGCUAAUGUGAAUUAUGGUGGUGUGGUGUUCCUGGAAAUCCCCAAAGCGCUGGAGGUAAUGUAACCUUGAGGUAGAGAUACAAAGCGAAAAGCAGCAAACAAAUAAAUAAGAGGAAUUUAAAUUAGAAAGUGAACAUACGGUGAAAGAGGCAAAUGAACUUCAUUCCUGAUGAAAACAUCAUGCAAAAUUAGCAAGUAGCAUUUUAUAGAAGGAUAAGUUUGGUGGCCAAUACAAAUCAAUUAAACUGCCAAAAAGCUCAAUUCUUAUACUUCCCUUCUCCCAUCAAUAUGGUAUUACAACUCUAUUUACUAACUCUAACAAAAUCAACAAUCAAUUCGACUUUCUAGCCAUUGGUCCUGAUUUGCAGCAACAUCUAACAAACACCCCACUACCCUAUCUUGCAAUAAGCUUUUUUUUGGAUGAAUUAAGCUUAUUUUUUCUCGAAGACAAAGUGAUCGAGAUAAAUAAACCCUAAAGCUAAAUACCAACCAAGACAAAAGAAUGAACGAAUACAAGUGAUCGCGUAAAAAUAAACCCUAAACCUCAAAACCAAUAAAGACAAAGUGUACGGGUCAAUAGAGAGGAGAUUGCAAAAUAUAUAGGAGGAGAAUAUAAGACAAAGUGGAAAGAAGGGUAGAUUUAUAUAUGCAAACAAACCAAGAACGAUAACGGUAAUCUUGGCUCACUUAAUUAAUAUCAUAUUCAUAUGGAAGGGUAAAUUAGUUGUUUGUAGUGGUGUUCAAAUGGUUAUCAUGAUAAUUACAAAUUAUCAAAUCAAAUAAGUCUAAAUCCUAUUAAUCAUGGAACAAAGUAAAACCGACCAAACUAAUUAAUCAAUCUAUAGUUCAAUUGGUUGGGUUAAUUGGUUAAUCAUGUUGAUCAAUAUAACAUAACAUUAUUAUUAGGUGAAAAAAUAUCCUGAUAAUUCAUUAAUAAAUAAUCUAUUUAAUUAAUAAAGUAUAAUGAUUAACACAUGAUUAACCCUUAACGUAAAUACAUGCAACUAAUAAAAAUAUAUUGUAGUAACUGAAGUAGCCACCUAACAAAAAUAUAUGCUAAUGAUAUGGGGUUGAUGACUUGUGUAUGUUUUGUGUUAAUUGUCUUAAUCUCUUAGCAAUUAUCAAAGGACAAACCUCUUUCCUUUCAAUUGUGUGAAUUGUCUUAGUCUCUUAGCAUCUUAUUCUUUCUUUGUUGCAAAAGAAAGGAAAGCAUUAGAAAAAAGGAGUAAAAAAAAGGAAAAAAGUUUAUGUGGUGUUGUAAUUUAUGAAGCCCAAGCUAAUAAAUGUCAUGAUUUUUUUGUUCCAAUAUAUAUAAAAUUGGAUGUUAUUUCUAAGAGCAAAAAUAAUAUAAGGAUUCUUUUAAAACAAUUUUAGGAGUCGGUUCCCUUUCAUGAGGUUUUUCUUUCAUUUUUCGUAUGAGGAUUUUGUCGGUCAGGAUGUCGGUUGAACUAUUUUAUUCUCUUUUUAUAUUUAUGGUUAAAGAGGAUGUCAGUUAAACUAUUUUCUACUCUCCUCAUUUCGUAAUGGUUUUGGUACUAUGUUGUUGUUUUUCUUGAAUGAAAGACGAUGUUUGUUCUUCCCUGAGGUUUCUCUCGAGGCAACAGCGGAUGUCAAUUAUAAGUCAUUGUUGGCCGAUGAUGGCAUACCCGAUGAUGAGGCAUCUGGGCUAAAUGUAUCGAUACCUGGUGCAAGGAAAGGGAGAAAUGGAGUCAAGUGUAGGAGAGCACCUAGAAUACAGCCGGCCAAAGAUGAUGCUCCAAUGAAAGUAGAGAUUUUGGAGGUUGGGGAGAAAGGCAUGGAAGGUGAGGAACUAGCCUUCAAUUGGCUACCUGUAAAGGUGAUGUUCUCGGUUAUCUAUACUCAAAGGGAAUUAAACCUGAUGGGGUGCUUGGUUCACCAUGACCGCGGGAAGAUAACGUUACUGCUUAACCUGUUGCUCUGAUACCACGAGAAAAAUAACCAAGUAUUGAGACCGAGACACUAUCUUUUACGUGGUAUCUCCAAUUUUACGAUCAGGACAAAUCCACGGAAGAGUUCAUAGUUUAAAAAAUUCAUUUGGCCACAGCCUGGUAUGAUUUAUAAAUGAAUCCGGCCAACCGGCCGGGCACGUGACUAGUUCCUAUAAGGAUCAGAAGAAACAACGGUUGUAUCCAUUCAAAUUUAUCCAACCAAUGCUUUCUGGUGCUUCUGCAACCGAGUGCCUUCCUAUCUUUUCUUUUGGGCCAUAACAUCUUUUCUCCAUUUAUCUCCUGACGCAGAAACAGAAGAUGUAUAUAUAUACUCUACUAGCUGGGUGUCCGGCCUUUGGCCGGUGUGUUGCCUGGUGUUUGUUAUGUUUGCUUGUCUUGUGUGUUGAUAUUGAAGGGAGGUUUAGUUUGGGACUUGUGUUUUAUUAUGUCCUUUAGACGUCAGUACCACCAAUAAAUUUUCUAUUCACGUCAAUACAAACCUUGUAUUAAGGGGUUAUGUUUUUAAUGUAAGGGGAAAAUAAAAUCUUAUUUAUCAAUUUAUAGCAGUAGCUUAGAUUUGCCUUUACAAUUAUUUAUAUACAACUGAAGGCUUUGUUCUUGUACAUAAGGAAAAGAUAAAUUACUAUAGAAUAUUUAUCAUAGUAUAGUAGUCUAUAGGUGGUGACAUUUGGUCCUCGCUAAUGUGAAUUAUGGUGGUGUGGUGUUCCUGGAAAUCUCCAAAGCGCUGGAGGUAAUGUAACCUUGAGCUAGAGAUACAAAGAGAAAAGCGGCAAACAAAUAAAUAAGAGGAAUUUAAAUUAGAAAGUGAAGCUCACAUACGGUGAAAGAGUCAAAUGAACUUCAUUCCUGAUGAAAACAUCAUGCAAAAUUAGCAAGUAGCAUUUUAUAGAAGGAUCGAAAGCAUCAUACGCAAAUUUGGUAGCCAAACACAUCAAUUAAACUGCCAAAAGGCUCAAUUCUUAUAUUUCCCUUCUCCAAUCAAUGUGGUAUUACAACUCUAUUGACUAAUUCUAACAAAAUCAGCAAUCAAUUCGACUUUCUAGUCAUUGGUCCUGAUUUGCAGCAACAUCUAACAAACACCCCACUACCCUUUCUUGCAAUAAGCUUUUUUUUUUGGAUGAAUUAAGCUUAUUUUUUCUCGAAGACAAAGUGAUCGAGAAAAAUAAACCCUAAAGCUAAAUACCAACCAAGACAAAAGAAUGAACGAAUACAAGUGAUCGCGUAAAAAUAAACCCUAAACCUUAAAAUCAAUAAAGACAAAGUGGACGGGUCAAUAGAGAGGAGAUUGCAAAAUAUAUAGGAGGAGAAUAGAAGAUAAAGUGGAAAGAAGGGUAGAUUUAUAUACGCAAACAGACCAAUAACGAUAACGGUAAUCUUGGCUCACUUAAUUAAUAUCAUAUGAAGGGUAAAUUAGUUGUUUCUAGUGGUGUUGAAAUGGUUAUCAUGAUAAUUACAAAUUAUCAAAUCAAAUAAGUCUAAAUUCUAUUAACCAUGGAACAAAGUAUAAAAAUCAAACCGACCAAACUAAUUAAUCAAUCUAUAGUUCAAUUGGUUUGGUUAAUUGGUUAAUCAGGUUGAUCAAUAUAACAUAACAUUAUUAUUAGGUGAAAAAAUAUCCUGAUAAUUCAUUAAUACAUAAUCUAUAUAAUUACUAAAGUAUAAUGAUUAACACAUGAUUAACCCUUAACGUAAAUACAUGCAACUAAUAAAAAUAUAUUGUAGUAACUAGAAGUAGCCACCUAACAAAAAUAUAUGCUAAUGAUAUGGGGUUGAUGACUUGUGUAUGUUUUGUGUUAAUUGUCUUAAUCUCUGAGCAAUUAUCAAAGGACAAACCUCUUUCCUUUCAAUUGUGUGAAUUGUCUUAGUCUCUUAGCAUCUUAUUCUUUCUUUAUUGCAAAAGAAAGGAAAGCAUUAGAA